AUGCCAGAACUAUUGUACAUGUUUUUAGUGUCAGUGGUACAGUCUGAGGUACAGUCAGUGGUACAGUCAGUGGUACAGUCUGAGGUACAGUCAGUGGUACAGUCAGUGGUACAGUCUGAAGUACAGUCAGUGGUACAGUCAGUGGUACAGUCGAGGUACAGUCAGUGGUACAGUCUGAAGUACAGUCAGUGGUACAGCCUGAGGUACAGUCUGAGGUACAGCCUGAGGUACAGUCAGUGGUACAGUUUGAGGUACAGUCAGUGGUACAGUCAGUGGUACAGUCUGAAGUACAGUCAGUGGUACAGUCUGAAGUACAGUCAGUGGUACAGUCUGAGGUACAGUCAGUGGUACAGCCUGAGGUACAGUCAGCGGUACAGUCAGUGGUACAGUCUGAGGUACAGUCAGUGGUACAGUCAGUGGUACAGUCUGAGGUACAGUCAGUGGUACAGUCUGAGGUACAGUCAGUGGUACAGUCUGAAGUACAGUCAGUGGUACAGUCUGAGGUACAGUCAGUGGUACAGUCUGAGGUACAGUCAGUGGUACAGCCUGAGGUACAGUCAGUGGUACAGUCAGUGGUACAGUCUGAGGUACAGUCAGUGGUACAGCCUGAGGUACAGUCAGUGGUACAGUCUGAGGUACAGUCAGUGGUACAGCCUGAGGUACAGUCAGUGGUACAGUCUGAGGUACAGUCAGUGGUACAGUCUGAGGUACAGUUUGAGGUACAGUCAGUGGUACAGUCAGUGGUACAGUCAGUGGUACAGUCUGAGGUACAGUCAGUGGUACAGUCUGAAGUACAGUCAGUGGUACAGUCUGAGGUACAGUCAGUGGUACAGUCUGAGGUACAGUCAGUGGUACAGCCUGAGGUACAGUCAGUGGUACAGUCAGUGGUACAGUCUGAGGUACAGUCAGUGGUACAGCCUGAGGUACAGUCAGUGGUACAGUCUGAGGUACAGUCAGUGGUACAGUCUGAGGUACAGUCAGUGGUACAGCCUGAGGUACAGUCAGUGGUACAGCCUGAGGUACAGUCAGUGGUACAGUCAGUGGUACAGUCUGAGGUACAGUCAGUGGUACAGUCUGAGGUACAGUCAGUGGUACAGUCUGAGGUACAGUUUGAGGUACAGUCAGUGGUACAGUCUGAGGUACAGUCAGUGGUACAGUCUGAAGUACAGUCAGUGGUACAGUCUGAGGUACAGUCAGUGGUACAGUCUGAGGUACAGUCAGUGGUACAGUCUGAAGUACAGUCAGUGGUACAGUCAGUGGUAUAGUCAGUGGUACAGUCUGAGGUACAGUCAGUGGUACAGUCUGAGGUACAGUCAGUGGUACAGUCAGUGGUACAGUCUGAGUCAGUGGUACAGUCUGAAGUACAGUCAGUGGUACAGCCUGAGGUACAGUCUGAGGUACAGCCUGAGGUACAGUCAGUGGUACAGUUUGAGGUACAGUCAGUGGUACAGUCAGUGGUACAGUCUGAAGUACAGUCAGUGGUACAGUCUGAAGUACAGUCAGUGGUACAGUCUGAGGUACAGUCAGUGGUACAGCCUGAGGUACAGUCAGCGGUACAGUCAGUGGUACAGUCUGAGGUACAGUCAGUGGUACAGUCAGUGGUACAGUCUGAGGUACAGUCAGUGGUACAGUCUGAGGUACAGUCAGUGGUACAGUCUGAGGUACAGUCAGCGGUACAGUCAGUGGUACAGUCUGAGGUACAGUCAGUGGUACAGUCAGUGGUACAGUCUGAGGUACAGUCAGUGGUACAGUCUGAGGUACAGUCAGUGGUACAGUCUGAAGUACAGUCAGUGGUACAGUCAGAGGUACAGUCUGAGGUACAGUCAGUGGUACAGUCAGUGGUACAGUCUGAGGUACAGUCAGUGGUACAGUCUGAGGUACAGUCAGUGGUACAGUCAGUGGUACAGUCUGAGGUACAGUCAGUGGUACAGUCUGAGGUACAGUCAGUGGUACAGUCUGAAGUACAGUCAGUGGUACAGUCUGAGGUACAGUCAGUGGUACAGUCAGUGGUACAGUCUGAGGUACAGUCAGUGGUACAGUCUGAAGUACAGUCAGUGGUACAGUCAGUGGUACAGUCUGAAGUACAGUCAGUGGUACAGUCAGUGGUACAGUCUGAGGUACAGUCAGUGGUACAGUCAGUGUUACAGUCUGAGGUACAGUCAGUGGUACAGUCAGUGGUACAGUCUGAGGUACAGUCAGUGGUACAGUCAGUGUUACAGUCUGAGGUACAGUCAGUGGUACAGUCAGUGUUACAGUCUGAGGUACAGUCAGUGGUACAGUCAGUGGUACAGUCAGUGGUACAGUCUGAGGUACAGUCAGUGGUACAGUCAGUGGUACAGUCUGAGGUACAGUCAGUGGUACAGUCUGAAGUACAGUCAGUGGUACAGUCUGAGGUACAGUCAGUGGUACAGUCUGAGGUACAGUCAGUGGUACAGUCUGAGGUACAGUCAGUGGUACAGUCAGUGGUACAGUCUGAGGUACAGUCAGUGGUACAGUCAGUGGUACAGUCUGAGUCAGUGGUACAGUCAGUGGUACAGUCAGUGGUACAGUCUGAGGUACAGUCUGAGGUACAGUCAGUGGUACAGUCAGUGGUACAGUCAGUGGUACAGUCAGUGGUACAGUCUGAGGUACAGUCAGUGGUACAGUCUGAGGUACAGUCAGUGGUACAGUCAGUGGUACAGUCUGAGGUACAGUCAGUGGUACAGUCAGUGGUACAGUCUGAAGUACAGUCAGUGGUACAGUCUGAGGUACAGUCAGUGGUACAGUCUGAGGUACAGUCAGUGGUACAGUCUGAGGUACAGUCAGUGGUACAGUCAGUGGUACAGCCAGUGGUACAGUCAGUGGUACAGUCUGAGGUACAGUCAGUGGUACAGUCUGAGGUACAGUUUGAGGUACAGUCUGAGGUACAGUCAGUGGUACAGUCUGAGGUACAGUCUGAGGUACAGUCAGUGGUACAGUCAGUGGUACAGUCAGUGGUACAGUCAGAGGUACAGUCAGUGGUACAGUCUGAGGUACAGUCAGUGGUACAGUCUGAAGUACAGUCAGUGGUACAGUCUGAGGUACAGUCAGUGGUACAGUCAGUGGUACAGUCUGAGGUACAGUCAGUGGUACAGUCAGAGGUACAGUCAGUGGUACAGUCUGAGGUACAGUCAGUGGUACAGUCUGAAGUACAGUCAGUGGUACAGUCUGAGGUACAAUCAGUGGUACAGUCUGAGGUACAGUCAGUGGUACAGUCUGAGGUACAGUCAGUGGUACAGUCUGAAGUACAGUCAGUGGAGUCAGUGGUACAGUCUGAGGUACAGUCAGUGGUACAGUCAGUGGUACAGUCAGUGUUACAGUCUGAGGUACAGUCAGUGGUACAGUCAGUGGUACAGUCAGUGGUACAGUCAGUGGUACAGUCUGAGGUACAGUCAGUGGUACAGUGAGUGGUACAGUCAGAGGUACAGUCAGUGGUACAGUCUGAGGUACAGUCAGUGGUACAGUCAGUGGUACAGUCAGAGGUACAGUCAGUGGUACAGUCUGAGGUACAGUCAGUGCUACAGUCUGAAGUACAGUCAGUGGUACAGUCUGAGGUACAGUCUGAGUCAGUGGUACAGUCAGUGGUACAGUCUGAGGUACAGUCAGUGGUACAGUCUGAGGUACAGUCUGAGGUACAGUCAGUGGUACAGUCUGAGGUACAGUCAGUGGUACAGUCAGUGGUAUAGUCAGUGGUACAGUCUGAGGUACAGUCAGUGGUAUAGUCAGUGGUACAGUCUGAGGUACAGUCAGUGGUACAGUUUGAGGUACAGUCAGUGGUACAGUCAGUGGUACAGUCUGAGGUACAGUCAGUGGUACAGUCAGUGGUACAGUCAGUGGUACAGUCAGAGGUACAGUCAGUGGUACAGUCUGAGGUACAGUCAGUGGUACAGUCUGAAGUACAGUCAGUGGUACAGUCUGAGGUACAGUCUGAGGUACAGUCAGUGGUACAGUCAGUGGUACAGUCAGUGGUACAGUCUGAGGUACAGUCAGUGGUACAGUCAGUGGUACAGUCUGAGGUACAGUCAGUGGUACAGUCAGAGGUACAGUCAGUGGUACAGUCUGAGGUACUGUUAG